AUGUUAUCUAGUCUCGGUUUCAGCAGCAGUCCUAUGGCUUCCAACCCGAACCCGGCGGAUCGCCAAAACCCGUUGAGACCAGUGCGCUCUUUUCGUGUUGAGCGUCCUACCUCUCCCCAGUCGACAACCCGACCGAAGAGAGCUAGUACUGUCGAAAAUGGACCCUCGCCUGCGACAAGGCCGUCCCUCCGAACCAGCUCCGGGGCACAGGUAGCGCCAAUAUCGGGGACAGCCGAAAUCGAGGAGCCGAAUACUUUUGUGAGUCGGAUCAGCGAGGAGGGUACCGAGCCGCCGAGAGCCUCCAUCGACCUCGACGAUCUCCCCAUCGAGCUCAUCAGCCUGACGGACCGCUUCAUCGAUUCGUUAUCCGCUAAGGUGCACCGUACCCCACCCAACAUCGACAACCUCUCCCGCAUGUUCCAAGAUUUCUACGCCACAGCCUCCUCGCAUAUUCAGACGCACGUCGACACUCUGGCUACGCGCCAGCGCCGUGAAGAUGGACCGCCACUAUCGAGUCGCACAUCUGCUGCGAGCCUGCUCCGCUCAAAAGCCGCUUCACUGGGGGGCAAGGACAAGUCGAAACCAGUGCCUGCGAGGCAGGACUCGGAUCAACAACUCCUUACGGCUGAGGAAUACGCAAACAGGAAGAAGGCAAGAAGGGCAUUGGAGCAGAAGAAGUCACUUCUGGAGGAGGCCGUGGAACGGAGGUUAUGUGAAGGCAUUUACAGCAAAAUAUACCGCCACCGCACCACUCAAGAUGAAGCGCAGGACGCCAAGCUCCGUUCCAAAACCGCCGCUCUUGCUGUGGUCGGCAUUGGCCUAGCCGAUCUGGGUGUCGACUUGGGCACAGGUGAUGAUGUUGUCGCGAUGGCUAAAAAGCAGGAGGAGGUGAAGGAGUGGUUAGAAGGGGCGAGGCAAAAGCUCGUGUUGAUGAGCCAGUCGAGGUACCCUCUUGGGAAGUUGAAUCAGCUCAAAUCGGUCCAUAAGAGCAUCAUCGACACGCUGUCUCACUUUCACCCUUCGUCGUCCGCCGACGAACUCAUGCCCAUGUUGAUCUACACCCUCAUCACGCUCCCACCAGAGAACCUCAGCGUCAUCAGCGACGUCAACUUCAUCCAGCGUUUCCGCUGGGAGCACAAACUUAACGGGGAAGCUGCCUACUGCCUCACUACCCUCGAAGCGACCAUCUCCUUCCUCGAAACCGUCGACCUCUCCACCCUCCGCGCCGACGAGACCCCCACGGGCCCCGUCAAGAACCCCUUCUCUUCGCCCGCACCCAAGGACGAAACCUUCCCGCCCGCAUUCUCACCCAUCUCGCCUAGCCCCACCCGUGCUGAAGCGGCAGCCCCUAGCAUUGACAGCGCAUCAAAACGUUCUCAAGACCCAAGCCCCAGCUCCAGCCCGAACCCAGCCGGUUUCCGCGCAACGGUAAACGCCCAGCUCCGCACCCGCCGACUCAGCGACCUUAUGCGCAGCACCCCAACCCCAGCCAAGGCCCUCAACCUCGCCUCCGACGCCGUCCUCAACACCGCCGAUCAGGGCAUCAAAACCAUCGGCACCUCACUCGGCGACAGCUACAAAUUCCUCCUCGGCAAGCUCCGCGAGCGCGCCCCAGACGCCCUGCUCACCAAAGACGGCGCCGACGUCAUCGUCCCCAAGACCCUCGACGACGCUCGCAAACUCAUCGGCACCCCUCCGCCCGCCGGCAGCCUCGAAGACGAUCUCGCCAACACCCCGGACCUGUCGGUCCGCAGCCCCAGCCCGGCUGAUCCGCUGCAGCAGGACCAACCGCAACAACAGCAGCAAAACGAGCGACCACCCCUGCUGAGCUUCAUCGCCGGCACCGCUCGCAAAGCCUCCCGGGAUCAUAGCGCUGAUUCCGCCCGCAGCGCCGGCUCGUCGCGUCGCGGCGGCGCUAGCGGAACCACCGGUACCGCCGGCGCGCCCGGUUCCACAACCCAGGUCACGGCUACCGGGUCGAGUCCCGUAGUCACCAGCCCACCGAUCAUGGACUCUAUGCGGAAUCUGGGGAACUCGCUGAAUCCCAUGGCGAGACUGUCGGCGGGGAUUGGGGGGUUUAGGGGGUUUGGACGGACCGUUUCGUCGUCUUCUUCACCUGCUGCUGUUGGUGCUGCUGGUGGUGCGGCGCAUUCUAGUCCUGUGGGUGGGAGCAGUUUGAGGGCGCCGACGCCGCCGGUGAAGGAUGGGGUUGUUGCGAGGGGGGCGCAUGGAGCGGGGGCGGAAGGGGGGGAUUUGGCUACGGCCUUCCCCGACCUCGCCAGUGUCCUCCCACCCAAGGAACAGGUCAAGAUCAACCCGCCAAACAAGCGGUUUCUGGAAAUGCAGAACGCCGCAGAGCUCAAACUGGGGGAGGUAUUCGACCUGCUGAAGGAUUACAAACGCCUGGCGGGGGCGUUGAAGGAUAUGGGUGCUUUCAAGGAGUAA